CUCCAGUGCACUCACUGCGCACAGCCAAUACAAUUACUGCUCUCCCAGCAUCGUAAGUCCCCCAGCUGAGCUCAACAGACCACAGCAGAUUGGAGAACAGAGGGCACGGCAGCCUUUUGUUGAGCCGGCAGAUUUUUCUUCUAACUGAUCGGUUGAGAAAGAAGAAAAGGGAUAGGCAACGGAGAUACAAAGAGGAGGGGGAGAAAAAAAACCCACAGCAUCCUUUUAAAAAGAACCGCUAGGAGCUUUCGCCUGCCUUAUUUUCCCCUUUUUGUAUUACAAAUUUCCCUUUUUAAGCUCAAACGGGGAAGGCUUCUGCAACAGAACCUGGAGAGAUUCAUCCUUCUGUCUUUUUCGCUGGGGUUACUGGAGAGAAAACUGCUCUUCCCCCCCCUGUUGUUGUUGUCACAGCCUCCGCUGAGUCAUGUCUGAUUUAACGCCUCAGAGUGACGCCCCAACCCCCACCACAGACAAAAUCACGCAGGCCGCCCGAGAAACUAUUUACCUUUGCAAUUUCCGUGUGUCAGUGGAUGGAGAAUGGCUCUGCUUGCGCGAGCUGAACGAUAUCUCCCUAACCCCAGACCCUGAGCCGGCCCAUGAAGAUCCCAAGGACCCCAUUGCCAUCGAGAGGCUUAACCUGAUGAACAUGGCCAAGCUGAGCAUCAAGGGUCUCAUUGAGUCUGCACUCAACCUGGGCCGCACGCUGGACUCCGACUAUGCGCCUCUCCAACAAUUCUUUGUCGUGAUGGAGCACUGCCUGAAACAUGGCUUGAAAACAAAGAAGACGUUCCUUGGCCAGAACAAGUCGUUUUGGGGCGCUCUGGAGCUGGUGGAGAAGUUGACCCCGGAGGCGGGGGAGAUCACAGCCAGUGUGAAAGACCUUCCCGGGCUCAAAACUCCCCUUGGAAGAGGACGUGCCUGGCUGCGAUUGGCCCUGAUGCAGAAGAAGCUGUCAGACUAUAUGAAGACCAUCAUCAACAGAAAGGAUCUUCUGAGUGAGUUCUAUGAGGCCAAUUCCUUGAUGAUGGAGGAAGAGGGAGCUGUGAUCGCUGGGCUGCUGGUGGGGCUGAAUGUCAUAGAUGCAAACCUCUGUAUGAAAGGAGAAGAUUUAGACUCUCAGGUUGGAGUUAUAGACUUCUCCAUGUAUCUAAAGGACGGUGGACACAGCAGCAAGAGCACAGAGGGUGAUGGUCAGAUCACAGCCAUUCUUGAUCAGAAGAAUUACGUUGAGGAGUUGAACAGACAUUUAAGUGCAUCAGUAAAUAAUCUCCAAGCAAAAGUGGAUGCGCUUGAAAAGUCCAAUACAAAACUAACAGAAGAGCUUGCUGUUGCGAACAACAGGAUCAUCACCUUGCAAGAGGAUGUAGAACGAGUCAAGGAGGAGAGUUCUUACCAGUUAGAAUCCAAUCACAAGGCGCCGAGAACUGACGGAUCACUAGAUGGGCAGGUUCUCAACGAGGCACACAAACAGCUCAAGGAAGAAACACAGCUCCGAUUGGAUGUGGAGAGAGAGCUGGAGGUGCAGAUCGGGAUGAAGCAGGAGAUGGAGCUGUCGAUGAAGAUGCUGGAGAAGGACAUCUGUGAGAAGCAGGACACCCUGCUGGAGAUCAGGCAGCAGAUGGAGGAUCUGCUGGCCCUAAACCAGCAGCUGUCCCACAAGUCACAGAGCUCGGAGGCCAGCAGCAAACAGAAGAAUGAGGUCAUCAGUCGCUUGGAGGAGAAGAUGAACCAGAUGGCGGGGACUAUUAAACAAUUGGACAUCAGUGAGAAAGAUUUGGUGAAGCAGGCUAAAACCUUAAACUCCACUGCAGGGAAGUUACUUUGGAUGCAGAAAUAGGAUUUUAGUUCUCUCCGUACAUCCGUUUCAUAGUCUACAUUCUGAACCAAGUCAUAAAAACGUCCUAUAAAACUAAAAUUAAUGUUUGUCCUGGUAUGUUCUCUGUUAAAGCCUUUCUUACAAUCUGUUAGAAUGUUUUCCGUCAUGCCCCUCCUGAUGUAGCUGUUCAGCUGCAGCUGUGAUUAGACUGGACUGAUAGAACCCCCACCCUUGUGUUCCUCCACAUUACUGUCACUGCAGGGUGACGCGUUCAAAUUCACAAUGUGUCAAGUAGGCUACAUGAAAUACUUCCCCUUUAAUUCCACCUAGAACACCUAAUCUUGUCAUUUCUGCUUGCGAAUCUGAUGACGCAUUCGACUGUUGUUAGGGAGUCCAGCUGGACACCAUGUCAGGAAUUGUAAAAAUCUUACAGAUUACAGACACUACAUAAUGUAUACAGAUAAAAACCUGAAGUUACACAUUUUGGCAAAGCAGAUGAAUGAGCUCCUAGUCGAACAACAUGCAAUUGUAAAUGCUCAACUGUUUAAAGAUUUGAGUUUGGACCUCCCCAUAUUUGCUUGAUUCAAUUUCACAUUUAAAAGAUGGAAAAGCAAGCUGGUUUAUUGUGCUACUACUUUGGCAGACAUAUCACAAGUUACACUGUGAUUGAAUUAUUAAGCUCAGUUUCUAGGCCUUAUAGCAAAAGUUGUUGAAACCACUUGAAAUAAUUUUCUGAUGGUUUCCUUAAUAUCUUAUUUAAACAACUAGUUGGCUCCUUACAUUGCAUUCAAUGGUGCUCAUUCUAUUGGCGAUUCAUUUAUUUUUAUUUUUAGGGCAAUUUAAACAUGUUAACCAACCUCAGCGUGGUCCAUAUGACCAAUACAAGGAUAUCUAUGUCCUAGCAACCCACAUAAAAAUGUAAGGCUUAACUUUCUGAACGGUGAUGUCAGGAUGACAAAUACUCUGACCAGCGGCAAAACAUGUAUGUGGACAUAACAAAUGUAAACUGUAGUAUACAACUAGCAUAAUAAAAGGAGUCCAAAUCUAAGUCAACAUUUUGCCUGUUUCAUCUGUUUUAAAGAACUGCCUCUUUUCCAAUUACUCUACUUGUCUCAGUGCAAGAUAUUCAGUUAUUCCCAAUCAAUUAUUAUUAUUUGCAAUGGGAUCUCCCCCCCCCCCCCUUUCUUCUUCCUUUCAUCACAUUCCUGUUUUCAUUUUAUUUUAUCA